GUCCAGUGCUAGGGAACGACGCUGCCGAACAAGCUUGGAGGGGCAAACAUGGCCGCGUUGAAACCUUAUCAGAAGGCUUUACUGGAAAAUAGAGACGUCCUCCUUCGAGAUGUUAGAGCAAAUGAUGUUUGUCCGCUACUGUACGUGAGUGGCGUACUUACACAGAAAGAAAUCGAUGACAUAAACAUUGGUCGAACCGCCCAAGAGCGUACUGAAAGUUUACUAGACCUACUCCAUUACAAGGGUCCGAAGGGAUUUCAAGAGCUCUGCGUAGCUUUAGAAGAUAUUCAUCCUCACUUGGCAGCAAAGUUACGGGCUAAGAAUCCGCAAAUUGAAGUUCCAGGUAAGCCAUUGUCAUGAAUGUUUUGAGUGCGAAAGCGUUUAAAGACCUUCGUUCCGCCUUAUCGAACAUCUAGCUUUGCAAACUUUGGUACAAAUAUAUUCCAAAAGGCGAUUAAACUGUUUUUAUUAAGUUUUAUUCCCCGUUCUCUACACGGAAAUUAGUUUUGUUUUUAUGCAGGGUUUUGUGUAGAUUCCGCUUUCUAAUGUAUGCAAAACAGCCUAUCAAACCUGCUUUUAUUGGUUUGAGGGAUGACACCAGAAUUAAACCGUUCAAGCUGACGCGUAUGUUUACUUGGAACGAAAUUCAUGCUCUAUCGCAUACACUGAGUCUCACACAUUACUCCUCACUGUUUUAUUUUAGAAAGCAAACCUCGCGAAAGCUACCCAAGAUAUUCAAGCCCUCAAAGGGUUAGAGAUUUUGAGCAACGAGAAAAUAACAAUAACGAAUUCUACAGUGGUAAACGUGAUCGCGAAUAUACGCCUGAAAGAAGCUAUCCCCAAGAAGAACCACGGAGGGAAAUGCGAGGCGACGGACAAGGAAGAGAGCGCUCUAGUUCAUACGACAGAGGGCGAAUGUACUCACCGUACGUUUCAGAAAAACGCGAUGAACGUCGCCCCUAUCCUGAAAACGACAAUGACUAUCGCAAGUCCGUUGGAGACGCCGAGGUGAGCGACUUAAACCAACCGUAUCAUUGUUUUGAACGGCCAUCGUAUUUAAAGCGUUGUAAUAUCACUGAAUUUGACCGUCUUUUUAUGUUGGAUGAAAAAAUCAAGAAGAUAAAUUUUUUUUAUAGGAGAUUUUUCAAGUAAUCUCACGUUGGGUUGAUUAUGGAACCUGAUACGGGAUUUGUUGGGAUGUUGUGUGGGGAAUUGACAAUGAAAUAUUUUCAACGCUUGGAAUUCGGCGUAUGCGCGCUUUUUGGCGUUUCGCUUACACCUGUGGUUGCUAACUUACUGUAUGUGGGUUGAGAAGAGUUUAUCAUAUCUAAAAUUAGUGCCCUAUAAUUGUAAACCCUUUACAUAUUUCGUAUUUCUAUGAAGUUCUAAUAUAAAUGACUAUUUCAAAUCAUUGUUGUUGUCCGUAUACGAAAGGUCAAUACGAAUUUACUACGAGAUUCGAUUGUCCGAAAGCUUUUAAGAUCAGUAAUCCUAAAGUUUGUGAGUUGAAUGUUAUAAUACUAAGUGUUUCUCUGAACGGCUCUUUUCCAGAAUCCGUUCUGUGAAAAAAUAAAUUGGAUUGUUAUUGUGAGCGGCAUGAAGUCAUUUGAUUUCACUUAAAAUUGCAGGCCUAUUUUUCACGAAAUUUAACAAGGUCUCUCAGGGAGUGUGUGGCUGGUCUACACGAUGUAAUGAUUGAUUAGGUUUGGAAAAGUAGCGAGGUAUUUUUUUGAUCGGAACUUGAUUUCUAGAAAAUUAUUGAAUUUUCCCUUGUCUUUAACUCCACCUUUAGCGGUUUUGGUUCACUUAUUUUGUCGUUUAUGGAUGGGAAUAACUGCUCAAGGUUUUUCCAAUUUUUUAGCGUUAACGUGUAUGACCAACUCACGGAAAGUGAGUGAUAAUUUCGGCACCCAUCAUGAGCUAUUUUCCUCAAUUUGAUGCGAUGAUUUGAGUGCCGAAUAUCACUCAUGGAUCAUUGAUUUUGUUCGCGUUCAUUUUUAAGUGAGACAGCUCAGAAGUUUUGAAAAGUCUUUGAUCGAUCAUCUUGCUACUUAAAAUGUUUUGGUUAUCAGUUCACUGCAUCUCGAAGCUUUGGUUUUCAAAGCAAAUAAGAGAGAAAAGUUUCCUACGUGUUAUCACUGCAAUAUGAUCGUGCACAUUCCGAUAUUUGCGUCUUUUCAUUGUAAUUUUGCUUUUUGAGUAAAAGCCUUUGUUUUAAUGUGCUUCUUUUAUCGAUUUCGCUCUAAGGGCGGACACAUUUUUCAGUUAUUAAAUAUAUUUGAUAACAGUAACCACGAUUUCCACGUCACUUGCUAUAUUACAAUUUCAACAUUAAAAUUAUAUCAUAAAAUGCAGUGAAACGCACCCAAGCCGUUCAAUUUUGCGUCAAGUUUACUUUGAGAUCUGUCGAACGAAGUCAGUUGUUAGUUCUCUUGGGAAUUUAUCACCCUAUUUGUAAACAAUCUUGUAAACAAUAAAAAUUAAAUUGCCCGAGCUUAUGGUCGAAAUGUACAUCUUGCAGACUGAGAUGAUUUAAUUUCUGUGACAUUUUCAUUAACUUUAAUCUAUUUAUCAACAUAUUUUAACUCAGAAUAUUUACUCUGGAGAUUAGAUAGCAUCUGCACCAUUUUUUCCUGUGGUUUAACAAAACAAGGUGCACUAUCUCUGUAAUUCUUUCCAGCAUAACUAUUUCUUCAUGUAACGAGAUUCCUUCACAGGUAAAUUGAUAACAAAACUUUUUUCUUUUUGACAAUUGCAAUUAAUGUCAUAUUUAGGAAACUUUGACACCUUUUCAGUUUGGUGGAAUUAUUCCAGAUAACCUGUUGCUGCUAUUUAUUUUUAAUGACUUUGCUUUUGGCAGAAUUACCUCCAAGAAUUAAGUUCUUAAUGUUUGAGAUUUUCAAUUUUUACAAAAAGUAGAUAUUUCAGUGUUCUAUUAUAACAGUUUUACGAGAGCUUUCUCUCCUACCCUUGUUUAUACUUAGUGGUGUAAAGAUCGUGGCAAAUUCUGUUGCAGUUUUGAACUUCCUGAUAGAGCUCUCUUAAAGCAUUUAAUUCCUUGUACCUUUGCCACUUUGUCAUUUAAGCCCUACCAUGGCUCUGUUGUUUUUUUGUGAAGAUCUGUUCUUCUUCAUUUAUACUUUCUAAAACACAUUUUCUCAAUGAACUGCCUUUCAAACUUAGUCCUCUGCAACUUUCAUUUGCUGGAACCUUCCUUUUCUUUGGGUCACCAAGAUCAGAACUGUCUACAUUUUCAUCAGGCUCAGUAAUAAUUGAGCAACAGUGUCUGGCUUACAAUUCUCUGUGCAUUGCCUAACACACCUGAACUAACUCUUUUGGUCCCUCCCCCCCGACCCCCCCAAUGCCCUCAAGGUCUAAUUCUACCCCUCAGACCAACAUUAUAUGAAGAAAAGUCAAUAACUUUUACGACAGUUACAGGGUCAUAUAAAUGCAUCUAAUACAGAUUCUAGUAGUUCUAAAUGUUUUGUUUUGGUGACCAAAUCCCGUAAUCUAUCAUUCAACUGGUGACUAGAGUUUUUCAUCACACCUUACUUUAAAACCUGGUGUAUUUUAUAAAUAAAUUUUUGAAAGUAAUGGGCAUCCAAACUUCCCCUGUUUUUUCAGAAACUUAGCUAAUAUUCUAUGAAGAAUACUUGUUGCUAGAAGCCAUUUUGUGUUCUAAGAUGUCAAACUUCUACAGUGUCAACUGCUUUUCUGGUUGCCUCUACAUAUUGGCUUUGACCUUCUCUUUGUUUCCCAAGCAAAAAAGCAGUUUAUUUCCCACUAGAUUGAUGCCACUGCCCCCCUGGGACACCUGCAGGAACUUGCUGUCUAAAAAAGUGUGGGCAGUGUAAAAAGCAUUAUGCAGAUGUAUUUCGUACAUCACACCGGAAAUAAUUUACCCUUAAAGCAAGUUACUUCUAAUUUUCUUUUGCCGUUUUAUAGAUAUCUAUAAAAAUGGGAUUGAAAAAUAAAAUUUUAGCAGAUAAAACUAAGUUAACAUUGUGUUUGUGUUUUGCCAGACGAGUCUGUCUCAAAGUCAGGAAAAUCACAGAUAAUGAAACUGAGUUUUAUAAAGAGAAUUAUGAGAACAAUUUGGUGGAUAUUAAAAUGAGCUGUAGUUGUAAAUGGAUAUAAACACAUCUAUAUAAGAAGGAUGCCUCGGUUUUUGGAGACUUGUUUAUGUUUGAUAUAGUGUUUAUACAAAAAUAGAAAUGGUACUUGUAGUUCUACCUUUGAAUAUUAAAAAAUGUCAAAGUUACCUUCUGCUCAGCAACGAUUAACAGGCAAUUAGAUACUGCAAGACAAAACAAUUUUUAAAAGCUCUUAAGUGUUUUUCUUAAACAGCUUUUUAUUUAUUUUAGUUAAUGGGUAAAUUUUUCCUUCUCUAAAUAGUCAAGGUUAUUAAGUCUGGCACCCAUCAUGUCAAUAGCAGUUUGUUAAUGUACAUGUUGUGGUCAAGUAAUUUUUGUUUUGCUUUUGUUUUUGGGUAUGGUAAUGCUAAUGAAGCUUAAAAAAAAGGAAAAAUAAAAAUUACCUGAGAUAAAAAAUUAACUAUAUGUAUAACAUGUACGUAGAGUUGUGCUUACAUGGGAAAAACCGCUUGGUACAUCGGCCGCACCAGAGUAUACAGUACACUUUACACCAGUGGUAUAUUUUGCCACAUUAGUAAUAAUAAUUUCCUCUUUUUUAUGCUUAAACAGCCUGGCGAUCAUCAGUACGUGUGGGAGAAAAAGACCAUAGUUUUGGAGAAGGUUAGUAAAAGAACAGUGAUGUGUUUAAAAUCUAUCUUGUAUUCUUGAUUUAAGUGAUCUGUCAAUUUAGAGUUAUUGUUUUGAUUCUUAAUAAUAUGUACAGAAGUGUAGUUAAAAUUAUCCAUGUAAGACACUUUUUGCUCAUUCAAUUAAUCAAUUUUGUUGUACUGUUAAUUAGUUUUACAGCUGAGUUGUUAAAUUACCAUGUUUUCAUUGGCAAAUGUAGUUCUAAAUACUUUAGUCUGCAUAUCUUAAUAUCUUAUUUUUAUUUUAUUUCAAUCUUUGUGGCACAGUGUUACAUUUUAAUAUUUUAUUUUUCAGGCAAAUGUGAACCAAGGAUUUGGAAUUGCAGUGUCCGGUGGAAGAGAUAACCCUCAUUUUGGAAGUGGAGACACAUCUAUUGUGGUGUCUGAUAUUGUUCGUGGAAGCCCUUCUGAUGGUCUUUUGAAGUAAGCAUCAAAACUGGCCUUUUAUGUCUCCCGCUUUAGAUAAGUUUGUGUCUUUUGAUGGGAACUGCAGAAAUACAAAUUUAAAUGAAGAUACAAUCGUCGCAGUGGUACAGUGGAACCCCACCUUACGGUCACCUUGUUAUUACAGCCAGUUUUUUUUGGCCCGGCAAAACAGCCAUACAUUUCCUGAUAAAAAAAACCCAUUAAUACAGUGAACAGCCACUUUUUAAAAUCCCAAAUAGUAGAAUCCCUUAUAAUUUCACUCAUUCAAAAUUUAGAAAAUUAAAAUGCCCGUGACUCGUCAAUUUUAUUGACUUGGUAAUCUAAGCUUAUUCUCACACUGUUUUUAGACUACAGUACACUUAAAAUGCACUUGUGGCGAUUUAUAACUGAAUUUUAAAGGAGUUUCAUGCACUAAAGAAACAUUUUAAGAAGUUUUUUUAAUUAUUGAUGCAUUAUCCACAUUCUGGUUGCUUAUUAACAAGAACAGUAUGAUGAGUGCGAUGUACGGUGUAUACUGCCCUCAAGUCAUGAAAUUUGAGCCUACCCCAGCAAUACAGCCACCCGGUUAAUUCCACCAAAUUUUUGUGGCCCAAUGGUGACUGUAGUAACAGGAUUCCACUGUAAUUGCAAUUUAAGCAGUAUGAAUGGCCAAAGAUAUUCCGUGUUAAAGGAGCCAAUCUAAAUGCACAAAAAUUGCUAUCUUCUAAUUUGAUGAAUACUAAUAUUGAUGUCAUGAUGAUACCGAGACGUUGGCUUUUAACGUUAAUAUUCGCUUGCUUAUGUUUUAAGAAAUACUAAUAUUAUUAUAAAUAUUUUGCAGAGUUAAUGACAUUAUACUUCAAGUGAAUGAUGUUAAUGUAGAGAAUGUAAUGCAUGGAGAAGCUGUUCAAGCUUUAAAAGACAGUGGCAAUUCUGCUCGUCUUGUAAGUUCAAUCAAUGCGUUGAUUUUUAUUAUACAGUUUAAUGUCCAAUAAUUGCUGGUUUCCUUAUGAGGUAAUCAAAAUUCAAACUACAGAAUAAUCAGUUCUUCUGAGUAUUUAUUUUUAUGAAGUAUUAGAACAGCUAAACACCUUUAUUUAUACAAGUUUUUGCUUUGCAAGGGUUCUUCAUUAUUUUUGUGAUAGAGUAUGCUUGAAUGUUUGUCUGUUGGUUUCCAGUGGCCAUGUUAUUGCCCCAAGAAGGGACACCAGCAUUUCUUCUCCAUAAAAACUCUAUAAAUUUUUCAUAAGACAUUUCUCUGAGUAUCUCACAUAUCAAACAUCACACAUACCUGAAUGUUGGAGAAGUGGCUUACCUACCACUGCAUCUUCUUUCAUUUCCAAGAUUCUGGACUUAAUCUAUUGAAUGGUUGUUGAUUUUUAUUGAUUUUUACCUUUAAUGGCAUGACAAUGAAAUCAAAACAUAACAAACCUGCCAGAUGUGUAACUUGGCAGAGUAUUUUGAACUUUGGGAAAACAACACAUGUAAGGCAUGUGAAACAGGUUUUUCAAAUGUUUGUCACAGGUUUUUACAGAGAAUAUUACAGUUGCUUUUUCGGACAAAAUAGAUAGUAAAAAGAUUGAGAUAUAAUGCCCGUCAUAUUUAAAGACUUUGUUGGAAAAAAUAUGCGGUUCUUUGUGAGUUUUUUUAGAAAAUUAUUUGUGAAAAUGAGAGUUUCGUUUACAGAUAGUAAUGCUCCUUGCCCCUCUUGAUUCUGUUAUCAGUCCAAUGGAUUUAAAAUUUUGUUGAAUACAUUCUCCAAUAUAACAAUUUUGUUGAUGUUUGAUUCUAGGCAAUAAAACGAAGGAAGUCUGUUUCGUCAAUAAGUAAUCCCCGGGAAGGCAAAGUUCCUCAGAAUGUUACACUUAUCAGAGAACAGCAAAAUAAAGGUAUGUAUAGCGCAAUAUCAUCAGUAAAAUCCUGUGUUCUUUUGCUUUGUUUGUUUGUCUUUGUUUUUUGUUCUUCUAAUCUUACCUCAUGUGGAAAAAAAGAAAUUGGUAAUAAAUUAUAGCACAAUGUUCAGCUUUGAAAAAUUGCCUGUAAAAAUUUCCUUUAUUUGACUGAGAAAGGCAGGUCAUUAUUUUUGUCUCAAACCAUUGAGAGGUUAUUUGAGAAAUGAAGGGUUCGAGGAAUUGUGGUUUUAUUUUACACUACUUUAAUUUUGUAAUGCUUUGAUACAUUUCUUUAUGGGGUGUGAUAUCUAAUUAUUGUUGUGUCUCUUUAUUUAGGUUAUGGCUUUUCACUUGGUGGAUCGUUAUUUAUUAAAGAAAUUGAUAAAAGUGGCAUGGUUGCUAGGCAGGGUGAGCUCAAAUCUGGAGACAUUAUUUUGAGGGUAUGUUGGACUUUAAGUAUCUUUUUUCUUCUUCACAGGUAGCCUGCGAGCAAGCUGUCCUCAGCGCUCUGGCGGCAGGGCAGGAAAAGGAAGGAGAACUUGCAACUAGGUCUCAGGAAUUUGAAUAUCUGCAUCAAAAAAGUCGAUGCGAAAUGCCGAUUGGCGGAGAUGACAUUAGUAAUGAUGUCAUUACCCUUGGCACUUGUUUUUCAAUGUUUGUUUACAUUCAUGUUCGUUUCCGCUUUGUGCUGAUUGGCGGAAAUCUGACAGCUCAGUUGAUGGGUAGCCACAGGGAAUUUGAGGAGGAAUUCAAAUUCCAGAGACGUAGUUUCAAGCUCUCCUUCAUUUUCCUGCCUUGCCACAAGAGUGUUGAGGAGAGCUUGCUCAUUUUGCUUGCCCUGUAGGGCCAUUUCUUCCUUGUCUUGAUGAGUGAUUUAGUUCAAUGAUGACUUACCUGGACCCUUGGCCAUUGGGAGAAUGGCUUGAGCUCAACAAUACUUGCCGAGCAAGAAAAACUACUUCUCCUGAACAACUAGACAGUUGGCAGUUUAACGGCUUGCAUUUUGGGCAAGCUGUAGAUAGCAUGUACUAGCCUGAAAGUUGUUCUGAUUGUCUCUGUGAUUUUGAUAAUUUGGGUUUCUUUUUGAAGAUCAAUGACAGGAAAGCAGAAGAGAUGAGCCUACGAGAAGCCAUUGAUACUGUCCGUCGUUCAAACAGACUAGAUCUGUUGGUGCUUAAAGAUGACCACUUACCACCAAGCUACAGCACUCAUUCUCUGCCAGCAUCAUUCAGGAAUAAAUCAAGGGACAGAGACUUGCCAAAUGGGUAUGGUGAUGAGAGAGAGCCUGAACUUCCUUCCAGGUGUGUAGAAAAAAAAGAUAUUUCUGUUCAGUAAAGUUAUGUCUAACAAUUUGGAUUUUCUGCUUUGAAAUUUUUAAUGCUGGGUAAUCACAUUUUUAGAAAAAGUGAACAGAAAAAAAGAAUAUGGAAUCUUUUACAGUAUUGACUUUGUCAACUCUUGUUCAUGCUUUUAAUGCCUGAAAGAAUGCCAGAAAAUUACUUCAUGUUGUGUCACAACACCCAAACUAAAGCAAGAGUUAUAACAUGUGCUAUAUGAAGUACUUAUAAUGCCUUACCCCGCUAUUCCAUGGUAGCAAGUAUGCAUAUUUUGGCAUAAUUUAUGCAAUAGUUAUGCGCUCUCACCAAAAAAGGGUGAAAAUUGCUGUGUGCAGGCAUCUUGACUGCAAAUACAUUUGUAUGGUAAUGUUUCAGAAACUACACUGAAGAAGACUUACCAGAACGUCCUCCACCUCCCUCAGAUGGCCUGCCAUUUUCAGGUUGGUGUAUUGCUGGGGAAUUUUGUACGGCACUAGUGUUUUAACUUGCAAUUUAUAGUCAAGAGUACUGCCGAAACAAAUAUGUCACCUUGGCUCCCCUCAUUCCCUUUGUUAGUGGGUUCAAAAAGAACCAUUGAAAGUCUUCAGGUGUAUCCUAUAGCAGGAAGGUAACCAGAUUGGACAGACAUCAGUGGUGGAUCCAGUUCUUCAGAUAGGGGGGAAGGGGCAGUCAUCCAGACGUUGAGAUAAAGGGGGGGGGAGCCCGGUCUCAAAAAAAUUUUUUUUUGGCCCAUUGGGCCUCACUUUGGUCGAAAAAUAAGGGGGGGUGGGCCCCCCAGGCCUCUCCCCUGGAUCUGCCACUGGACAUUAUACCGAGAUACCUCUUGUCAUAUGGCCGUAUGGCUUCCCUCCUAAAUCAAAGAAAAGAAAGAAAAAGUUCUGAUUUGCAUUGAUUCAUUCAAGCAUUUGCUUUGGAGAGUCAGAACCUCUUCUAAUGGAACAACUUACAAUAUUACCAGACUACAGUUGUUUUGUAUUUGAUCCUUUUUAUAAUGGGUUUCUUACUAUAAUUUUCGUUUGAUUACUCAGACAUGAGCUGGAAGAGGCCAGACACAGGAGAGAGAGUAUCUGCUUUGGCAGACCGAGAAGAAUUGUUCAGAGCAACUGAAAAUUCACGACUAGAAUCAGAACCUGAUUUCCCCAAACCAGCAGAAGGUAGAGGUUGACAAAUAUGCAGUUAUGUCUAAUCCAUUCAAAUCUCGUGUAAGCGACCACCCGAAAUGUGGAAAUUAAGUGGUGGCUGCUAAUGAGUAGCAAACUACGGGCUCUUCUGAGAAGAGGUCCUGACACAUGUACCUUCUUGCUGGAAAUUAAUUGCAUGGAGCGAAAAAUAAACUUAAAUUUAAUUUAUUUUUGAUGGAAAAUAGACCAAUUUCUAAAGGGUUAUCGCGUGGAACUGAAAAGCGAAAGGAGCAAAAAAAACAAAAAUCUGAAAAUUUGAGCGAAUGUUUACAUAAUUUUUAAAAAUCAUUCUUACGCUCUGGGUAUGCAAAAUUGUUCAGAUGACUCCACAGAGGUUACGGAGGGGAGUCACUUUGAGAAACUUGAACAAAACAGAAAUUUUCAGGGUUACAAACACGUUUGGAGCCACUUUUUAAAGGUCAACCCCAGAAAUUUUUUGACCCCCCCUAACACACACAGUUUUGUCCCUUGAAAUAGACCAAUUUUUUCAAAUUUGGCGCCAAAAACAAAUGCAAUUUAUGUUAAUUGUUACAAAAAGUAACACACACAGUUUUGCAAACCUUUUUAAUUAAAUCAUCAAAAUUAAAGAAUGAUACUGCACGACAAAACAGGAAGAGGGUAAAUUACGAUCAAAGUUUACUCGAUGACCGCCAUCAUGGAUUUGAGCUUUCUAGGUCAGUGGACCCCCACAGCUACACCGUUUAUCCAUCACGAUAGUUAUUCAUGCCAGGACCACGUGCUGUAAAGUCUGAAAAUGGCUUUUUUCGUUGUGAUACUUGACUCCAAAUUUUCCAAAAUGACUCCAAAAUUUGUGAAGCGGAAGUCACAGUGACUCCACUCAUCAAUAAAAUUUGCAAUCCCUGAAUUUCGAUAUAUUAAAAUUCAUACUUGGCUCCAAGGCUUGGGGGAAUACAACAAAAGAAAUCAUCUUGAGGCUCAAAAAUGAAUAAUACAUUUAUUUUAUUCUUCCAAGCCGUGGAGCAAAGUAUGAUUUUUAAUAUAUCUGUAUUGGUCUAUUUCAAGUUAAGUAUAUGUGUCGUUCCAUGUUUGAACGUUUUUCAUAUGCUAUGAGUGACAUUAAGCACACAGUGAACACAGAGACCAUGUUUUGCUUUGAAACGUCACUUACAAGAGGUUAAAACAAUGGAAAACUAUAGAACCAGUGGUCGCAGCUGCUUAUGAGAGGUGGUCGGUCACGCUCGAGGUUCUAGUUAUAGGGUUUUGAUUGGGAAAAUUUUGGUGUUUUGGAUAGGUGGUUGGUUAUGGGAGGUGGUUGCACAUGGCAUUUCAACUGUUCUACUACUACAUGAGAAAUUUCUGCAAUUUGAUUCAACAGUGGUAAUAAUUUGAAAUACCUAAAUGUAAAAAUUUUUAUUUUAUAAACAAUUAAUAGCAUUAUUUCAUGAUAUUUGCAUAAAUCAGUGAUAUUUCAAAAUUAUUUUUUUUUCUGCUAAGAGAAUAUUAUUGUGCUGAUUUUGCUGACUGUUUUUAUUUUGGGGUUAUUAUCUCUCAUAUUGUUCAUAAUUUUGUCCUUAUAAGAAAAUAUUAUUGUGCUGAUUUUGCUGAAUUUAUUUUUCUAUUAGUGACAUACUCACCGGGUCGUCUAAGUUCUUGGGGCCGUGAUUCACCAGAUGACUCACGUGCAAGUUCUCCUCGCAGCAGCCGUGAUAUGGAUUCAAUGGAUCGUAGAAGAUACAGAGGGUAUGUUUGUCAUAAGUGCUUGUUGUCCUUGUCUAUUAAUACAUGGAUAUAACAUUUGAAGUUAUUUCUUUAAUAUUUGACUUUGAAGAAAUUGACAGGAUUGAAAUUACGUAUCACCACUUAGUUUAAAAUUUUUUUCUCUCUUCAUUUUGCAGUGAUGCACGUCUUGUAUCCUUCCGUAAGAGUGGCAGCCUUGGGAUUCAAGUAUCUGGUGGCAAUAUGGCCGGUAUUUUUGUGGCAGCUGUGAAGGAGGGUAGUCCAGCUUACAAUUCUGGUUUAAGGAGGGGAGAUCAGAUUCUCAUGGUGAGUAAUCAAACUUCAUCAUUUGCUUCAAAUACACACGGACUUAUUUUUGUUGAAUUUGAAGCUCAAGUUUUCACUGCAUUUUUUAAUAAAAACAAUGUGGUUUUUCACUGGCUGAAGAACAAAAGAAGGUGAAAAAAAGUUUCUGACACAUGGCUGGGAGUAUGGGUGAUUAAGAGUUCAGUUGUUUUUGUUGCCAUGCACCAUUGCCUGACCUUUUUUUCACCCUAGCAUUGUUAAUAAAUCCUUUUCUCCUGGUUUUGGCCAUUUUGUUUUAUACUUCGAUGCCAAACGAUAGUUCACGCACAAAAUCUUGUGCUGUUGAAAGGUUAGUUGGCUUGGCAUGGCUCCAAGUUGUGUGUGAGAAUUUAUUUUCAUCAUUGUUUUGGAACCAGUUUGUUCUAUUGCUUUUCUUUUCAGAAAGCAAAAAUUUUUGGCUUUCAGUUUACUAGAAUAGAGGUCCUGACCAUGUGGAAAUUGUGAGAACUUUUUCUUUUCAAAUUCAGGCCAAUGAUAUAGAUUUUAAGGAUAUCACCAGGGAAGAAGCUGUCUUGAUUCUGCUCUCUCUUGGAGAUGAAGUCAACCUUUUGUGCAAGUAUGGGAGAGAAAGUAAGCAUUGCUAGCCAUAUUUUAAUUCACCAUCCUCAAUAUGGAGUUUAUCCAUAAUUUAAUAUAUAAGUGGACGUGUAGCCUAUGGAAUGUAACCUAUUAAUUAAUUUGCCUUUCUGAUAGCAUUUGACAAAAUCAGCACGGAAUCUGGGGAUUCAUUUUUCAUCAAGUAAGUUACAGUACUGUAGGUGUGUUCAUGCUCGGAGAAUAUUAAUGAGGAGCUGCAAUAAUAUUAAAAAAAUAAAUUUUAUGCAUGCAUUCACAGAUGUAUCUCACAUCUAAAACUGUGUGGUAACCUUCAUGGGAAGAGGCUGAAGGGGGUUGGCGGGGGGGGGGCUCCUUUUCUCUGAUAUGGCACUAAAAUUGUGAAGAAUUCUCAGUUAACACUGUCGUUUAGAGCCUUUAUGCACCAACAGAUACAUGGGAUCAUUGUAACUUGCAAAUGUCUCAGUUCUCUCUUUCUAAAUUUUUUGGAUCCAUCCCGGCCUUUCUUUAUAACGAAACCACUUCAAGGUCUGUGUGCUCAUAGAUUUAAGCUUUUUUCCAAACAGCUGCAUCUUACUGCCCAGAAAACCAUUUUUUUUUGAAAACCAUUUUUUGUUGUUAUUUUACAUGUUAUUAUUGUUGUUGCUUUUUUUGCAUAGCCAGACCAAACGGCCAACCAAGGCAGGCGGGAGUUGUAAUGGACCUAAAUUUUAGGCUUUUUUGGGCCCUAUUUGUUAAUUUAAGUGGAAUUUGCUAAUUAAGCUACAACGUUGACCUCGCCAAUGGUUUUGAUCAGUAUUUGUUCAUGGUAGCCCCUUGAGAUCGAUGAUUAAUUUUUUUAGUAUAUUGACUGAAUUGCUGAAUUCUUUGUAAAUCAUGAUGCGUUAAAAAUAUCCGAUGAUGCUUUCAAAAGUCUUUAGAUGUUAAUUUAAAUCAAUUAUUGUUAGUUUAUUUACCAUGAUCAUUACACAUUGAGCAUCUUAGGUCACCACAACAUUUUCCUGGUAUCCAUACUUCAGCAAUAGGGAGCUUGAGCAACAACUACAGUGACGGCUACGGAAAUGUCACUUAAAAAAUGAAUUUGCACUGCGUCAAACUUUAUGGCGCUUAUUCUGUCUCAGUCAAUUUUUCAAGUGUUGGCAUUUUUUUUGGGAGUUGAAUUCUAAAAGUUCGGGAAAGGAGAAAGAAAGUCGUUGUCUUCCAUUCACGUCCUCCACAAAACGUGAAAGUGGGAGGUUUUAUUUUGUAAUUGUGCAGUGACAGCAAGGAAAUGCUCGUGCAAAGUUGUUUUGCCGAUCUAAACAUAUUACUUUUUUGCCAUUCUUGUUGACGUCGCCAUCGUUGUUGCCUAAACUCCCUAAUAUUUAUUGAAAAUUGAUCUAAUGAAAGUAAUGUUGGUUUUUGAAGGGUUCAUUUUGACUAUGAUAAGAUGAAGCCUUCUGAGCUUUCCUUCGGUAAGGAGGAUGUUUUCCAUAUCUGGGACACCAUGCAAGAUGGCGUGAUUGGUUCUUGGCGAGCACAAGUGGUAACCAAAGCAGGCAACGAGGCAGAAGUGGGAAUUAUACCCAACAAGUCCAGGUUGAUUCAUUAUUUUGGAAUCUGUUAUGUGUAGCCUUGUUUUGGUUUCUUUAAUCUGUCAGAAAUAAUGGUGUAAUAAUCAGUGUCUUAUCUUUAAGGAUGUCAGUGUAUGUGUUACAGGUCAAAUUUGAUUUCAGGUUAUUUUUGAUUUAACCUAGGUUAUUUAUAACGUACUGUUAUAUAGUCAUGCAGUAAGCCAUGUUACUGGGCCAGUAUAAGUUGCUAGUGUUUCCGUUGUAAGUAUAAGCAAGGCUUUAGGGAGGUUUGCUUCCUAAGAGUAAGGUAGCACAUUUUUUGAGUCAAGACAUUUGUGGUAAGCUGUAUCUUUGCCCACCUAGACCAAGUAUAGAUGAUAUUUGUGAGAUUUUACAAUGGAUUUUGCUUAUCACAGGGCUGAACAAUUAUGCCAAGUUCAGCAAAAAAUCGAAGAAAAGCCACCAAAGAGGGGAGAAAGCAACUACAACAGCCUGAAAAGAAGCUCGUCACGGGGAGGGACACUCAAGAAAUACAAGUUUGUUUCAUCUGAUCAUCUGGAUGAGGACUCUUUUAGUAAGUAGACCAGCAUCCAUCAGAGAGUCAUUUGUAAUGUUAAAUGUUGUGAUGCAGCCUAUUUAAAACUAACAAAAGCCACUACACUACUGGAUUUUGUAAUGUAAUUACCUGCUACUUGACUUAGUAGUUAUGAAAGAACCAUUGUAAAGUAUGUGGAUGUUUUUUUUUUCAAGUGGGUGUGGGGAGCUCAGGUUGUGGAAUCACCAAGAAACAUUUUAUGCAUGUCUGAUGUAGGGACGAUAAUUAUAUGUGUGCUCUGAAAAAUACCAAAAACAAUAUCUUGCAAGGCUAGCUUGAUACUAAGCUGAUUCUGUGUUGUUUUAUAACAGAUCACUUAACGUUUUGAGGGGUUUGGUGGUAAAAUCGUGUAAUGUAAUGUUUUAAUUUUUUCAGUUUCUACCGCUAGAGAAAACAGGUUGCCAGCUUAUGAAAGGGUGUCACGCAAGAAACGUAAGUAAAAUGAAGAAAAGUUGAUCUGACUAAUUUUGAAUGCUGCAUGAUACACUGCUUGCCUCCCAAAUUUUGCAUAUUGGUAAGUUAUCAUUUUCAACUGCCAUUGGGAAUUUGCAGUCCUUCAUGAAAUUUCGGUGCAAACAGAGUGUAUUAUGGGAGAUUUAAAAAUAGAGAACAAAUUAAAGGGAUUACCCGUUAAUGACCUAAUAAAUACGCCCAGUUCCAAAUGAACGUCUCUUAUCUAAGAAACGCCCCCUCUACAAUGUUAAAAUUGCAUUAGACGCCCCUCUCUAACAAAUGCUCCCUGUCUAAUAGACGCCCCUUAUGAGUCUGCCACUUACAGAAGUUGAUCAAAUUUUUUUUUUUUCGGAGCAAAUCUAGUCUGCUACACAGCCGUUUUUAGUGUCGUCACGCAACGUUCCUCCAGUGGGGAGGAGCGUUGCGUGACGACACUAAAAAUGGCUGUGUAGCAGACUAGAGCAAACCCGGUUGAUGUCAAAACAUUUUUUGCUCUAGAUUUCAUGGAAUUAACAAGCGUAUCUUUUGUUUUGUAGCUGGCUUUGUCCGACCAGUAGUCUUACUUGGACCAAUAGCUGACAUCACAAGGGACAAGCUGCUCCGAGAAAUGCCUGAAACAUUUGCCAUUCCAAGUAAGAGCAUUUUUAUCUAGUGCCAUCAUGGUAUCUUCUUCCACCUGGUAGUAGAGUGUGGAUAUCAGUAGAGCUGUCUACCUGAUAAGAUGCUUGCUAGCUUUGACUACCAAUAUUCAUCUUAGUUUAACAUUUGAUGAAUGUCUGUCGGAGAACUGGUGAUUAUCUCUGGCAUUAUUAAUUUGGAAGAGCAAGUUCAAUGUUGCCCAAGCUGAAAAUGCCAAGUUUCUUUUUGGCCAAAAAAAAAUUACUAGUGUACAUGUUUAUCUGACAAGUGUUACUGCUUGAGGCCUUUCCUGUUGUAUAACUGUAUACGCAUUUGUUUCUUUAGAAUGAAAACGUAAUUUUCUUCUCUUGUAAUUUCAGCUGCUUUUGGAGGAAUGCAGCCUGUUGGCCGAAGUCCCAUGAGGUCUUCACGGCGAUCACUGAGCUACACUGCAAUCAGAUCUGUCGUUGAGAGUGUAAGUAUAUGACAAGCCACUAUGUGACCCCUGUUUUUACUGACUAGCGAACAGAAAUGUUGUAAGUAUAUCACAAGCCACUAUAUGUGACCCUUGUUGUAACUGGCUCACAAACAGAAAUUUGAUAUUAUUGGUGCGUUAAUCAUGUGACAAACUGUCAUUGUGACUUGGGGUCUUGUGGCUAAGUUCUCAGCAGUUAAACCCUGUGCUUCCACGCCAAGAUAACAGACUGCUAAAUGCAGCGAAAAUCAUUCACGGUUAAAUAAGCAACUUAUGCAGUUGCGAAAAGAAAGCUUGAAAAAAAUUCAUGCUCUGCCAGGAUUCAAACCCUAACCGGUGCUUUACCGGUGCAGUGCUCUAACGAACUGAGCUAGCAAGCCAGCUGGGAGCUCCUUUGAGUAGUUUUAGCUUGGAUCAAGCUACAUCUUCUGAGAAAUGGCAGAAGACUUGAGUUUAGGGCUGUAACUAACUGUUGCCUUUUAUAUUCCUAGGGUAAACACUGCUUGUUAGAUAUCACUCCUGAGGAGGUGGAGAGACUUAACUAUGCACAGCUUUACCCUAUAGUCAUCUUCUUGAGGCCCCCCAAUAAACAGAUGGUCAAGUAAGUUACAAUUUACAAACAAAAACUCUUUAAAUUUCAUUCAUCUCUGAGCACAUACAUAACCUUUAUUUUAACUCGAAUUUUAGAGUAGCUAUACUAUUAUUGCUAAUAUCUUCGAGAAACAAAUUAAGAACUCUAAAAACUGAAGAAAAAAAUACACACGAAAUAAGACAAAAAUUAGCGAAAACUAAUCAAACGUAUUGAGACUUUGCACAUGUCACUUAAAAUCAUUAAAAGUAUGAUGAAGUUUUAAGUGUUGAGUCUCUUAACCCUUUAUACCCCAAUAUUUACAUACAAAUUCUCCAAACUGGUCUUCAUUCAUUUCUAUAAAGAAUGUGUUGUCAAGCAUUUUCUCUCAUUCUUAUUUCUUGAUUGUGUAUUGAUAAAGGAAUUGAGGUUGGAGAAAAUUUUAAUGAAACAGGGUGCAAAGAAAAUCAUUUUUCUCUGCCAUUUGGGCAAGCUGAAGCUAUUAUUUUAUUAAUUCAUUUCAACUACCCCAAAACGUUUUGUUCUUUGAUUAUUCAAAUUCCUAUAAAACAUACUUUGUCGGGGAGUUAAAAACAGGAUGGUCACCCCGAUAGCAAAAUCCAUAGCCCUGGGCUAAUCGGAAUUCAUUUGAUGCUGUUUGAUGUCACCAUGCUAGCCUGCCUUCAUAGCAAGCUUUACCGCGCGAGUUCGUCAAGAAAGUUGGGACGAGAGCAAAAAGAGGGGAUGAAGGGGGAGGGGAGAGCUGAUUUGCGGGUUCGAUGUAGACUCUAAGGGCUUAUUUAAGUGGAGGGGGGGACUCCACUUCAUCCCAGGUAGGUGAGUUAACUCGGUCAGGUGGGGUAUCACGCCUGUCCAUAUAAUCCCUCAUUUUAAUUUGAUCACGUUUACAUGAUAGGAGUUGUGACCCGCCACAUGUUACCUCACCUAUUUGGGGUCCCCCACCUCUAUGUAAACAGACUCUAAGACUAUUUUUUGUAGGUUGUAUGCAAAGAAGUAAAUGGAUGAAUAUUUUAUCUUUUCGGUUUCCAUUUUUCAGGGUAAUGAGAAGCCAGCACGGCAUCGACGAGUCUUCUAAGAUGAUCAAGAAACUUCACGAUAACUCAGUCAAAUUAGAGGAAUUCUACAGCAACAUGUUUACAGGUUGAAAAGUUGAAAUGUUUCCUUUCUCUAGUUUUUUGUUCCAGCCCACUUGUUAAGGCCAGAACGUGAAUAAUUUUUUACUUGGUCAAAACUUUUGAUGGGACGCUGUAAGAUUAGUAGUCUCAAUAAGGUACUGGGUAUUUCAGAUUUAAGGUAGAAUGUUGUCAGCCCCAUUCGAGAAAGCUUGCUCGCAGUCUUACAAGCUAAUUUUCUUCUCGUCCCUGGAUUGCUUUUUGUUAUGUCAUUUUUGUGAGAAGCAAAACGACAAGCAAAGAAAGAAAAAAUUGUUGAAUUAUAAUUUGUCGUUUUGUCCUUAGCGCUUUGAUGGAUUUUAAAGCCAGAAAGGGAUUUUGCAAAGUUUUAGGCUGUGUUCACACGUGCGCCGGCGCGAAAACCAUACUUGAAAGGGCUUCUGUUCAGACAUGGGAACGGUGAUUUCGGCGCGAUUUCUGUAACGGAGCGAAGCUGUGCUGCGCCGAUCUCUAAAGUGGAGCCUUACAUAUCGGAUAGGUGUUCAUAUGAUAUCGGAUGGCUUUUCCUGGCGGUGCGAAAAUCUAUCCGGUGAAGUGUGAACAUAACUUUACAUUUGACGUUGUUAUUUCAGCUGUAAUCCCGGCGGGCUCCAUGGACAAUUGGUACCCAAGGGUAAUAGACGAAAUUAAGAAACAACAGGAAGAUCCAGUUUGGAUGUCCGAAGACAAGGUAAGUCAAGAAUUUCAUAUUUGUGGAGCGCGAAUAAUGUUUGUACAAUGUUUGUCCGACAUUUUGCAGAGUUUGAACAAAACAGGGAAAGACAGUGUGGUUCAUGACAGCUUGGUUUGUGAUGAAAUUUUCGUAAGACACACAUCUCAUGCACAAAGUGAAAGCUGAUGUAAACCAAAAUACAUGGUAAAAAUAUCACCCUCCCUCCCACACAAAUAAAAAUUAAGAGAUAGCAAAGGAAGAGGAAAGUCUGCUGAACAGGAACUGAACAGUAAUUCGACACUAGACUUGUAAAUCUUAGGAUCGGGAACUCAGGAUUGACUGGGACUAGAUAAGAGAGGGGCAUUCACGGCCCCAUUUUUCGCGAAAGCAGUCAAAAUUAUUCCACGUUCUCUAGGGUAAAAAGGCACAUAGCCUGCAAAAUGUUUUUACAAGAGCUUUUAAGUACAUUCAUCGCUGUUGUUACUGUAGUUCAAUUUUAAUUGAAAAUUGUUGUCUUAGGGCGUUAGGCGCCAUAUUUAUUUCCAGCAUUUUUUCCCUCCUUAGUUUGACCAAGAGGAACAAGCCGACAUUGAAUUCAGAAUGCCCAGUCGCUACUCGACUUCUUAUGAUUAUGACUCUACGUUAGACUCACCAACUGUCCGGUCCUCCAUCUCCAAUCAACCUAUGGAUGAUGAUCACAUAAUUGUUGCUGAUUAUGCAAGCGAUGUAAGUAGAGUGUAUGUUGAAGGAGCCAUGUCACGAUUUUUAAGUAUUACUUUAGCACCCUAAAAUCCCAUUGGGAUAAAAGAAAAUUGUGAAUUAAUGGUUCAGUUUUACUUAAAAUUACUCUACUUCUAGACCUUAAUAAAUAUACAUUUGAAAGACUUUGGCUUUCGAAGGCCAGAAUGAAAAUGGAUUGCAAUUUGAAAAAAUUGAGCCUACUUUUUCAAGUUAAAGCCUGCAUGGUCAAGAAAUCGUCAAGAAGCGAUGAUGCUUUGUUUUCCCUCUGGUAAAAUUAUUUGGUUUCUUUCCUUCACAGUUCCGAAUGUGGAAAAGGUAGCUGAGAAUACUCAGUUUUAAUUUCAUCUCAGCUUUGACCAAAAACAUAGUGUGGAACUUACCAUUUGCUACUUUAAAAACCAGGUGACUGGAGCCAAAAUGUGUCCCGCAGUUGUUUUUGGGAUAGUUACUGGGGACACGUUGGACAGCUAUUGGCCAAUUUUUUGCUUGGCCCCGGCGACAGUCCCAGAAUUCUUUGCGAAACAUAACUCGCCCCAGUGUCUUGGUGAUUUUCAUUCUAAGUACAACAGCAUCUACCAUGUCUUACCUGACGGACCCUGUGUUUGUUUUCAACCUGCAGUUUUACUUUAACUGAACACAUACUGUUUCUCGUAGGUUCAUUCAGAGCCCCCUCGAGAGGGUCGUGUCCGUGCCGCGUAUUCGGAGCCCCAGCUCAGAUAUGAUGGACCUGACCGUUAUGAGGAAGAAUAUCUUCCCAGGGCUCGUUAUGACGAUGAUGAUUACCGUGAUGGCAGGCAGGGCUUCAAUGAGGAUACCUUGGACAGACAGAGGCCUGGGUACAAGCUGCCCGGUGUUAAGUAAGUAGAAUAGGCCAUACGCCACUUGCACAUCCCCCAUAAUGCCCCCCCCCCCCCAAAAAAAAAAAAAUUGCAUAACCUUUGUUUGUCAUUUCUCCUGGGUAUUGCAGCCGUCCCAAGAGAAAUUGAAAACAAUGCUUAUGCAGAAUUUGAGGGGAGUGGUGCAUUAUGGGAGAUGUGCAAGUGGCGUAUUUCCAAAUUGCAAAACUCUCACUUUCAAAACGGGGCUAAGUGUAAAAGACUUUCCUGUGAAAAUGAGUUUUAUUUGCUCGAGAAUAAAAAAACAAAUUCAUAUCAAUAGCUUCGCCCUUAGCCUUGCUUGAAUGGCCUGUUUAUAGUCAAGCACCAAGUUAAUUGAAAAUGACAAACAGUUGCUUUUCGCGCUGUUUUUGGUUUACCUGUCGUUUAGCCAUAUUUUCUCAUGUACUGAGGCAAAUAAAAAUUUUCGCAGAUUACUUUCUGAAAACAGUAGUUUUAGGCUAUCGUUGCUCGACUGCGACAUGAAACUUCCCAAUUUCACGCGCCCGCUUUAUAGAGUAGGUGAACACAACGCAAAAAAAUUUCCUUUUUUUUUUCCUAAACUUAGAUACGGCCCUUUCGGAUUGAUGAUGUUGAAAUGUUUGUUUCCAGGUUGUUGCCAUCCCGCGAAGACCCUGUCGUGUUGAGAAAAGAACUGAAGAAGACUCGAAUGCCCGAUGGCUUUGAUCGCUCCGAUGCCGAUGCCGAAGAGCUGCGGAUGAAGCGCGAAAGUCUUCGUAAAGUCGAAACUGAUUCCGACCUUCUAAGAGAGUACGACGAACGCGUGGGAGUCCCUGUUUCUAAACUGUGGGCAAUUGAUAACGAAUCGACCCAGCGUCGUGAACAGAUCGAUCGCGUUCGAGAACCACCGGUGGAGUUCGAAUACAAGAAAAGAGAACCAGAGAUGGACCUAGAAAAGCGCUUAGAGGAUCUGGAAUCUGCUUUAAUUCCGCAACGCAGACGCUCUGUGGAGGAAAGAAAACCGCGUCCCGUGUCCGAAUCUUACGACAGAAGGCCUCGCAACGUUGUUGUUGACUCUUCUAACCCAGACAGACAGGAGACCGUGGCGCAUUCGAGCUACUACCCAACUCGUUCUUUCCCCACGCGUUUGGAACGUGAGAAACCUGCAGAACCCGAAAUUCGGGCGAAUUUUUCCGAUUCUCGAGUGCAAAGCGCUCCUCAACGAGAGUUCCCUGUGAGUUCUGGAACUGGAAGUCUGCCUCGUGAACCGAGGUAUAGAGCCGAAGUCACGAUUCCCUCUAAAAGAGAGCCCAAGUUUGAGGCCGUGCGCCCCGAUCGACCUCGUUCCUCGUAUUCAGCUUACGCUCCAAAGCCUUUCAAUUCAAUCAAUUCUGACAGGCCGUCUUCAGGAGACAGACAGUCACGUGAUCCGCGUACAAACAGACCUAGGGACCCUCCUCGACCAGGAGAGCCAGUGACGUAUAAUUUUCGUUUGUCCGGAUCUCCGAGACUUUCCCGACCAGAGCGCGAACCUGAGCCAAGACCCACGACUUACAGGACUGAGUAUAAACAGAAGAUAACAGAUAUGGAUCAAAAUGUUGUCACCAGGUGAGAAGAGAAUGGAUGUUGUUUAUUUUUGCGCUUGAGGGGUUAAGUUACUGAAAUUACUGCAGUCUGUGUACAAAUUAAGUGUACUGUUAAAAGACUAAGCUCCUGAGUCUUGUUUCAAGUGCAUGAAAAGUGCAACAAAGCAAAGUGUUGUUAUCGCUCUUCAGUUGAUUGUAGAAAAUCAUUUACAUUUCCCCAGGUUUCUGUGAUUUGGUUACGUCUGCGUCCUGCUUCCCUGACGCAUAAAAAUCUUAAAUUGAGGUAAAAUAAUUCAUUGCAUGCGUCCUGUAGGAUGCAAAGAUCGAUCGAUCGAUCAAUUUGUUUUUGUAGAAAUAUCCUGUUCGUGUAAUUCCUGUGGCAGUCAUUAGACAGUUGUUUAACGGAGCACAUUUCUUUUAGCCUUUUUUGUGCUUUAAAACAGAAGGACUAUAUUUUAAUUUCAGUAUACUGUAGUAAAGAGUUUUGGAAUCUGUCUUCAGAUUAACUGUCUUGUUACAUAAAGCCCCGAGCAUUCAAUUUCGGAUUCGUUGUUUUUUGAACUGGGACUCACUGGUUCUAGACUGAAACUCAUGAUUUUUCACGAAGUGGGUUCCAGGACUCACCAUAACUAUUUGUAACAAAAUCACUGAGGUUUAAAUCAUUUGUGGUUCUCCCUUGUUUUUUUCGACCAAAACUGCAAAGGAGGUCGAAAGUGUUGGGACGUGAUAUUAGCAAAACUGGUCACCACCCCCCUCCCUCCUUCCUCUCACACCUAACAAUGUUGAAAUUUCGAGGAAGAUUGGUGUAAAGAAGUUCCUUUUUUGGGUCGUUUGCCUUAUUUCUCCAAUGACUUUCUGUUCAGGUAACCCGAAACCAGCAAUUUUCUCGGGAAACUAGCCGUUUGGGUACUUGGCGCCUAGUCAGAUUUCUGCCCUUGUUCGUGAUUAGCAAAUCCACUCAAUUGUUUUUUGUAUUUCUUUCAGUGAUUUUGAAUCCCUUGAUGAAGACACACAGGUAGUAGCCACCGCCCGGGGCAAAUUUACCUCCCAGGGGGGAGUCCUAUCUUCCCCGGAGUCCGGAGUCAGUAUCGUUAUACCAGAAGGAGCCAUCCCCGAUGGUGUGGAACAGGAGAUCUAUUUUAAAGUCUGUAAAGACAACAACUUUAUGCCUCCGUUGGAUUCGGAUCGAGGUACAGUUGUAAGCCCUCGACUUAAAUAGUUGUCUUUUGUUUUGUUUUGUUUUGUUUUUUUGUUUUUCUCAUUUGAAGCUGGUAAAACGACUUAAGCGCUUAAUUCUUGUACGCCAGUUAUUAUUAGGGGCAUUGGAGCAAUUUCAUUCUGUUUCCUUUCUGUUUGACCCUGGCCAAGUAGGUUUGCGAGUGAAACAACAAAAAAAAUGUAACCGGAACACAUAGCAUGACUAAAUUUGGCUGAAAUGUCAAAAUACUGUCAGGAAAUAGUUUAAUUUCCUUUGGGUUAAUAAACCUUGCGUCAACAUUUUCGAAAUUUGCUCCAAUAGAGUGAAUGGGCGGGAGGGACGGGAUUUUCGCUGACAAAUUUUAGUUCCUCCUUUUCACUUUUUCAAUUCGACCCCUGGCCUCCCACCUAGUCGUUCAAAAGAACUGCAACAGACUGCAAUCAAGAAAGCUUGUGUGUGUGAGUUGAAGUUUUGCGACAUGGAAUGUUAUCGAAUGUAUCCAUUCUUUCCAAAUGUUUGUUAUCAAUGCCUUGCCUCUUGCGAGCGUAUGUCAUAUUGGGAUUCCGAGUCAUGCUCAUCGAUUAUUGGGCGGUGUAUAAAGAACGCUUUCUUGUUACUGUGAUAAAAAAAAAUGCUAACAAGAAUUGUGGCACCCUUCACUUAAGCCAGUGUUUAUUUUGACUGCAUUCUUCCUGCUCAGCCAUUCAUGCUGGAACUUUCUCCGGUCGGAUUACCAACCAAACCUCAUUUAUGACAACUAGAAUGUCAUGGUCAACUGAAUUGUCAGACUUUUCUUGUGCGUAUUUACGCGACUUACCGUUUACUGAGUGGCUUUGCAUGAUAGACGAAUUUUUCACCUUUUAAGUUAUGUUUGUUUGCUCUAGGAGAAACCCUCUUGAGUCCGCUAGUUAUGUGUGGUCCUCAUGGUACACAGUUUCUUAAGCCUGUUGAGCUACGCUUGCCUCACUGUGCCUCCAUGACUCCUGAUGGCUGGUCUUUUGCUCUGAAGUCCAGUGACACACCCACAGGUAAGUGCAAUACUCCUCUUGAUCAGCGUCUAGUUUCUCUAUACAUUAAAGACCUUUAGAUUUUAAAACGAGGACCACUACGACACGAGAUUUUGUCCAUACUAAGUAGUGCGCACGCGUGAGCUAGCGUCAUUUUGGCGGGAAAACGUGAUAACCGUCGUCAUUCUACUGCGAGUUUUAGCGAAAAUAGUGAGCUUACACGACAGGACGACAGAAAGAUGAGGACAGCAAAACGUUUGUGUGUGACAAACGUGACAGGGCUAAUACUUGCAUAUUUUGUCGUGGUCUUCAUUUUGCAUUACGGUGUUCUUUGCUUUUAACAUAUUGAUCUGUUUAAAGGAAGGUUAAGUUUGGUGGAUGAUUUUUCGAAACAAAAUUACUGUCACGCUUGUCACACCAGGUUUGCCGUCCUCUUGUGUAAGUUCACUGAUGUCGUAGUGACGGAAACAAGUUAUCAGUUUUUAGAAGUUUUAUCAUUUUGCCAUCGGGAGAGGGCUUAACCUCGUUUAAUGAAACCACAUACUGUUAAAAAAAAGAUUGAAUGAAGACUUAAGGGUGUGUCCUUUUUCGAGAGUACACAAAAAAAACUUUCAUUCCUCGCUUGUGCAUCUUUAUUUAUUUAUUUAUUCAUUUAUAUAUUUAUUCAUUUAUUUAUUUAUUUAUUUAUUUAUUUAUUUAUUUAUUUAUACAUUUUGCCACAGAGAAUAAAUAUUACAGAAAGAAAAAGAAAAAAUACAAUUACAGGGCAGGAAGAGCUACAAAAAUAGUUCAAAAUUAAAUGUAAUUUAAGUUACUUGACCUUUUUAAUAGACAGAGUGGCGCGGAAGCCCAAUAGAAGCUAAACAGCUUGUAGUGUCCUAGUAUUGUCCUUUCCAAUCUCCCUCGCGUCGCUCCGGUAUUUCUCGCGUUCUGCUUUAUGCAUGCGCCUGUUACACAGGCUAAUGUCCCCACACUUCAUCUGAAAUCAAUUGAUUCCGUCCUACAGGUCAGCCCUCAGAGUGGAAAAAUGUAGCACUGCAGGGGCGUGACUCGCGUGGAGAUCAGUGCCAAGUGGACUCUAAUUCGGUCUCAGUCCUCGUCGAUCAUUUCUCUGCUUUUAGCUUGGUUGGUAGAGCUCGUCCCCAUACUCGUGGCCAGGCUACCAAGCGCAUGCUGGCGGCUGUGUUUGCCUCUCCUCCCAGAGUCAACGAUGACUGGGCUUUAAAUGUUAUUUUACUGGAUGAUACAGAGGCAGCAUUUAAGGUUUGUAUAGCAGGCGCCUUCAGCGUGUUCGACGCCCAGGUUCGAUUCUUGCUCUGACAGCCAGCUUGGUUUUUGUUUCUCGAUGCCCGGCCCGUGAUUAAUUCUCUGAGUUUACCAAGUUUAUCAAAAGAAAAAUGUCGUCACUAGUUUUGAGUACUUAAGUGUUUCGCUCAGUUUUUCGAAAGUUAAAAUCACCUUGACACCUGAUAAAUGUACUGUCCUAAAAGUUAGAACUACUUCCUUUGGUUCUUAUGAAUACGAGGCAUAGAAAAGACACUGCUCGCAACUUUUCAAGAAUGUUCUUACUCCAAGAUUUAACUUGCUUACGGUUUAGAAGUUGAAAAAAGAUGCGCAUAUUUGAUGCACUGUAUUUUUGCGAAAUGACACUUGCGUUAGACUGGUCCGUAAAGUCAUCUUCUUGUCAGCUUUAACCGUGAGGGCGAGAAAGAGAAACAGAAAAUUCAACGUGCCAAGGAGACCUUAUUUUAAUUACUUUCUCAUUUUAAUAACCAUGACUUUCUCUGUAAUUUUUUUUUGCAGGAUGUUUGUUAUUCCGAGUCAGAGUUAGGGCGCUUCCCUUUUUCGGCUUUCAAACCAGUUUUAGUUCACGGAGAUUUGGGGGAUAUCAGAGUGCAGCUCAGAGAUCUCAAUAACAACUGGGUGGCUCGGUCCAGCUGCAAGAAGGUAAAUUGAUUUUUGGUUUGAUUUCUGCCGCUCUCUCGGUCCUUCCUGAGAAGAGACGUCUGAAUUCGGGGAUUGGUGCGGCUCAUUUUCUGAACAGCAGCUGCUGAUCGAGCCUAGUAAAUAUUCAGCCUUUGUUGUAGUGAACGUAAGUUGCUUUUCGCUUUUCCUACACAUCUCAGCCUCUUGGUUUAGGCGUUUGUACCACCCUUUUAUUCAAGUAUCCAAAGUUAGUGAAUCAUAAUUUCUUGAUUUAAUUGACCAACGUAAUUGACCAAUCAGACCAAUAACCAGAGUAUAACACCAUCAACUGACAUGAUACAACUCACUUUGACUCUAAAGAUGACUACUGCACAGGUUGUUGAAACGUCAGUCACUGUCAACAACAACAGUCCUAUUCAGGACUACGUUCACCCGGACGAUCAAACUCAACCUACUUUGAAAUGACUCCUGGGUUCAAACCUUUCACAGUAUAACUAACGCGUUUUUGUUUUCCUUCAGUUUAUCGAAUUUCACGACUCUUGGGCCGCAUACAGGCAUCCCCCAUGCGUAGAAUUCUUGAUCCGGGACAGGAACUUCAGCCCAAGCACCAGUGUUUGUGUUGUGGAUGUGUUCCAAGAGGGACAUGACGGAGAAACCGCGGCUGUUAGCGUGUCUACCAGGCCGAGAAAGGUAGGGCAGCAUUCUGCACUGUCAGGGUACUAGCGGACUAUUAAGACUGUUAGGAGGAGGCAGAGUGGCCGAGUGGUUUGAGCGCUGGACUUGCAAUUCGGAGGCCCCGAGUUCAAGACCCGCUCUAACCGCUAGCUGGAUUUGUUCACCGGUAGUCCCGAGUUCAAAUCCUCGUCCACGCUUGUAAACAGUAGCCAGCUGGUUUGCCUUCGGCCAGUUGGGAUUCAUAACCCUCUUGAGUGUGAUUUAGAUUAUUUGUUUCAGGCAUUUGCUCGGCCCCACUAACAUUAGUGCUACAAAUACUGCCGAGGGUAAAUAACGGAAUUAUUUAUCUAUAUUUUAUCUUAAAAAGUAACCUUUAAGGAUCCAAAGUUUUGCGAUAUUGUCAAUGUGAUGUAUCGGAGUUUAAACUCCGUCAUAUUUUUCCUCGGGAUUAGCAGAUAUAAAAAAAACUGUCGUAACUCUUGUGUUGCUCAUUCAAACGCGCGGGUCGGGAGCCGAUUGUAAGACUAAGAACAAGCUCUUAAACGUUUCGGUUACCAGCAGCUUUCCGGUAAAUGCGCAUGCUUUCCCCACCGCCCUCCCCCCGAGAAAACGAGUGGAAAUCGAACCUUCUUUGCUCCUUACGAGAAGAGAGUUAAAGCCACGGUAAAAUGGGCAAAAUUGCUGCAGAAUGUGUUGUAAAGCGAUUUUGAGCGGUUUACCAACAACAUUUAUCACUUAACAUCGCCCUUUUUCUAGAAAAAUAAUCAAAGAGCGUUGAAACCUGUCUUGCGGCAACCUGCAGCAACCUGAUUUGUUGCAAGACAGGUUUGAUUCGUGGGCGGUAAAACGAGCAACGUCGCUGUUCAACCCGUUUUGCAGCAGGGUUGAAAAACAAGUUGGACGUUUUUGUUGCCCGUUUUAACUUUCUUUUUCAGUGAAAAGUUUAAGUGAAAAUUGAGUAUGUUUGCCUCUGCUUUCAGAUUGGAGGUCAAAAGGUCCAGUACCUCAUUUGAGAUCCUGAUCUGACAGAUCACAAGAUUUUUCUACCACCGUCAGCACAAACAGAGUUGGCAUCGCCUUGAGUGUCACAAAAGGAUAUUUUUUAUAUAAAGUGCAAGAAAUAAUAACGCUUAAUAAGAUGCAGAUGCAAAACGUGCUUGUUUAACCAACCGAGUUAAUCUUGUAGCUCUUUGCAUUUUGGUGGGCUUUAACAACGUAACUUCAAAGGAGUAUACUAUGAUUUUAGGCUAAAAGAAGCGUUCUUAAUUUGUUAUUAAAGCAAGAUGGCGUAAAUUCACCUUGCUAGAAGCAAAGCCCUUACAGAUAAACUAGGCUCUUCACAACCUCUCUAUUUUCCAACACAAGCUGGAGGAUCCGCGACAAAUAGCCAGCGAAAUUACUACUGGGGGUAGUGGUAGAGUGUGUUUGUCCCGCCCCUCCGCCAUCCCUCGGGGUCCACACUGAUACACUCGUUCGUUUCGCGCUUUAUCGAAUAAUACCAGAAAGUAGAGGGCAGUGAAUUGUCUAAAGUACCUUAGCAGACUAUAAUGAGCCAAUUUGAAGAUUAAAAAUGUAUGCUUGAAAUUACCCUGUUAGUUUCCCUUUUUAAGUGUACAUGAUUUAUUUGAAAUUCUUAAUCACAUACCUUAUAUUCCUUUCAAUGCCGUG